AUGCUGCCCCCACUGCCAGAUCGCCUGAAGGUUCUGUGGGGCUCAGUCGGCGCUCGGUCCACUCUGAGAGGAACUCGCCCACAGGGUCUGGUGUCAGAGGUGACGGCGAAGGUUGAAGAGGCGAGAGUGGAGGUGAGAAACACCCGGCUGUACUCCCUGGAACAGAGACUCGUCUUCACCACUGCCCCCGAGCAUGAAACAGCCUCCGCCUGCGAGAGGGGCACCCUACAACUGUCUUGCUCGGACAGAAAGACGCUGUUGAUCGUGGAGGCGAACUACGGCAGGACGACCGCCUCCCACUCCUGUGCCUGCUCCACCUGUCGUACCAACUGCCGCGCGGCCACCAGCCUGGCCGUGGUAAGGGGCACCUGUCAGGGCAAGCGGCAGUGCUCAGUGACAGCGAGUAGCAGCGUUUUCGGUGGAGACCCUUGUUACGGAGUGCAAAAGUACUUGGAGGUAUCAUACCGCUGUAUCACAGAAAGCAACGUCGCUCUUCGCAAGACGGCAAGUUGUAGUUCUGCUCCAUCACACUGGGGACCCGAGAAGGCUGUAGACGGUUCCAGGGGUACGAGGAUAACCUGGUACAACCAGUGCACUCACACUAACCGCGUGUACCAGCCGUGGUGGAAGGUGGACUUGGGAGGAACCUACCCAGUCAACCGGGUCAGCGUCCUGAACAGGGGCGACUGUUGUGGAGAUCGACUGAGAAACUUUAUGGUGAGAGUUGGCCCGAAUGAGGACUUCACCCGGAAUGACCAGUGUGGGGAGACUUACACGGCCACUCCGCGGAAUGGAGCGACAGUCGUGGUGUACUGCGACCAGCCGAUGACCGGCCGGUACGUCUCCAUUCAGCUGAUCGGACGGGCGGACAACCUCCAACUCUGCGAGGUGGAUGUCUUCGCUGAAACGGUCCUUCAGUACACCAGCCUGGGUUGUUGGAGGGACUCUGGUAGCCGCGCCAUGGCGUAUCUAGAGGGGACGAACUCACUCUUGGAUGGUGACUACCAGAGCCGUCAUCACGCCAUCCAGAAGUGUUACCAGGUAGCACUGUCUCGUGACUUCACCGUGUUUGGUGUACAGCAUGGCGGACAGUGUUUCGGGUCUGCUGAUGGCAUCAACACUUACAACAGGUACGGACCUACUACAACCUGCGCAGAGGACGGCGAAGGCGGGCCUUGGGGAAAUGAGGUCUACAAGAUUACAGGGUACACCAGCCUGGGUUGUUGGAGGGACUCUGCUACCCGCGCCAUUCCGAUUCUAGAGGGGACAGAUUCGCUCUUGGAUGGUGACUACCAGAGCCGUCAUCACGCCAUCCAGAAGUGUUACCAGGUAGCGCUGUCUCGUGGCUUCACCGUGUUUGCUGUACAGUAUGGCGGAGAGUGUUUCGGGUCUGCUAAUGGCAUCAACACUUACAACAGGUACGGACCUACUACAACCUGCGCAGAGGACGGCAAAGGCGGGGCUUGGGGAAAUGAGGUCUACAAGAUUACAGGGUAGUCGGAAUUCAGACCAGAACACCAACUGCUGGAAACGGAAACUACUGAUUGGACUAAAGUGUGUUCCUAAAUGUAAUUAUUCAAUGUGGCCCAUUGAAACCGGCUACUGUG